CACUAAUUUCUACCCAGAUUCAUACUUUGACAAUAUUCCCAACCACGAACCAAAUUCACACCACCACUUCUUCAUAACAUCCUCGAGAACAAAUUGAAUCAAUAAGAACGAUUUCUCUAUAUCGAGUUCACUUUCUGUCGAUUUACCUUCACUAUCCACCGACGUGUAUUUCCGUCAUUAAUAAAAAUUGUCACCUACUUUUCAUCCGCAAGCCGUCAUCAUGUUAGAAGCACGACUUGAGCAGGCUCAGAUCCUGAAGAAGGUGGUCGAUUCCAUCAAGGAUCUAGUUCAGGACUGCAACUUCGACUGCAAUGACUCGGGCAUUGCUCUACAAGCCAUGGACAACUCCCACGUCGCCCUAGUAUCCAUGAUGCUCAAGGCCGAAGGCUUCUCUCCUUACCGUUGCGACCGUAACAUCGCCCUCGGUGUUAACCUCGUUUCCCUAACGAAAGUCCUACGCGCGGCUCAGAACGAAGAUAUCCUAACUCUCAAGGCGGAAGAUGCUCCAGACUCCCUCAACCUGGUUUUUGAGAGUAGCGAGAAUGACCGUAUUAGCGAAUACGACCUCAAGCUUAUGGAUAUUGACCAAGAGCACCUUGGUAUUCCAGAGACGGAAUACGCUGCGACUAUUUCUAUGCCUUCGGCUGAGUUCCGACGAAUUUGCACCGACUUGAUGGCCAUGUCUGAAUCAGUCACAAUCGAUGCCAGCAAGGACGGUGUCAAGUUCUCCUGCAAUGGUGAUAUCGGAAACGGUGCUGUUACCCUACGGAGCCACCAGAACGUUGAGAAGCCCGAGUUCAACAUCGACAUUGAACUGACAGAGCCUGUCGGUCUAACCUUCUCCCUCAAGUACCUAGUCAACUUCUGCAAGGCCCAGGCUCUAUCCAGCACCGUCAAGAUCUGCUUAUCCAACGAAGUUCCUCUGUUGGUGGAAUACGGCCUGGCUGGUAGCAGUUACCUGAGGUUCUAUCUCGCCCCCAAGAUUGGCGAUGAGGAGUAAAAUAAUCGUAGUGACAAAGGUUAACGAGUUCUAUGAAAUAUACCACGUCGGCAAGAUGGAGGGAACAAAAUAGUGAAUUAGCAAGAGACUUGCUUAUAGGGGGUUUUACCUUGUGAUUCCCGAAAUGGAUACGAAUGCAUGCGGCAUGGAAGACGUUGACAUGGACCUACAUUUACAGGAAUAUGGUCUUUUGACGUCUUGAUUUUAAUGCAGUGCUAGGUACUCCUUGAGCUUCUAUAUAGCUCGUAAUUACGAUAAUUGAGAUAGCUUCCUGAACUUUGAUGCUAAUUUGUUACGACUACAA